AUGCCAGAUAGAUUCAUGGAUCAGUUUGGGUAUGGACUAAAACAAGGCUGGUAUCAGAUCCUAUACGGCUGGGAUGAACAUAAGCUGGUAGCAGUGAUUUUCACGGAUUCACCCAAAAGCGAAUGGCAAAUGGAGGGGAAUGUCAUCGUCUACUGGUGUAUUAUGGUCGAUACAGAUGGGUCCGGUGAGAACUACCAGCGUUUUGAUGGCUGCGAGAACGUGGGAGGAUUUAUCGGACAGUCCAUGGGUCUUGGUUAA